AUGGCUCGCACCAAACGAAAAUCCCCUGUUGUUGCCGCUGCUUCAUCUUCCUCGUCCGCCUCCGAUAAUGUUCCUGUCGCGGCAUUGCGGAAGAAAAUGAAAGGUAAGCAAAAUGUGCCGCAAUCAAAAUCAGCUAGUGAGUCUUCUCACUCGUCCAAGGGUGUCGAAUCCCCUAAAUCGACGCCAGAAAAGAAAACAACAGUACAGAAGCAAGGGAUGGAUGCCAAAAGAAAAAUGGGUAUCGAAAAACUUUCGGGUUCAGUGGAUAAAGCACUGUUGGAUUGCAAAUUCGUCAAAUGGGAGAACUUUAAUCAGGUAAACUUUCACUUUAAAGAGCUUUUUGAGUUUCAAGGCUGGUUGGAUGUGUGCGAAUGUGCAAAUGAGUACUACCCUAGGCUUGUACAAGAAUUUUAUAGAACCAUGAGAACUGUUGAUAAUGAGGAUCGAUUUGAAGUGAUUUUGAAUACAAAUUCAUAUAGUGUUUCUGUUGAACUGAUAGCCACGGCUUUGAAAUUGCCCAAUGAUGGAAAUAAAAUUUCCUCACAUAAGGAUGUUGCUAGGGUAGCAGGGUUUAAUCUGGUUGAAUUUGAAAAUGAGGUGUUCCCUGCUAACACUGCCAAAAAUGAGAAAUCCACCAGUACCAAAGCCCUCCAGCAUAUCAAAAUUAUUCACAGUAUGGUGAAUUAUGUGUUCUGUCCGAAAUCUGGCAGUUAUGGCUAUCUGAGUCACUUGGACAUGUGUAUUAUGUGGCACAUUGUGAAUAAAGUUAGGUUGAAUUUAGCUUACUUAAUCUUCAAAAACAUGUGCAAAGCCUAUGGGAUUGGGAAACUGCCUUAUGCACAUUUGUUAACUGCUGUGUUUAAAGAGCUAAAGGUGAAUGUCACUAAGGAAAUCUCUAGGGCUGACUUGAUAGUGCUUAGAGAAAUACAUUCCGAAACUGAUGGGAGAAAAACAAGAUUUGAAAAGGGUGGUUCCUCCUCUGCUAAAGUUGAUUCUGGUUCUGCUAGUGAAGUUUUGAAUGAAAUUCAAGGGAUAAAGGCUACUGUUAAUGAACAUUUUAGUGCAACAAGUCAGUCCCUUGACAUUCUCAGAAAAUUUGUGGAUGUGGUUGACUAUAAAGUGAGUCACCUGCUCACUCAAAAUGAGGAGUUAAAGAAGCUGAUUCUGGCUCUUCAGCAGGCCAAGGAACUUGGAGUUCCAACUAAAGUUGAGGCUGCUACUCAGGUUUCUGCUGAUAAGGGAGAAAGCAACAAAGUUGAAGAGUCUCCUGCUGAUAUGGCAUGUGAAAGUGGUAAACUUGCUGAAGCAGAACUUGAACCUGUAGUGGAUGCCCCUGAUGAGCAAGCUAGUGACCAGGUUCUUGAACCUGAGAUUGGUCCUACAGCUGAUGUACCUCCUGACCUUGAUGGUAAAAAAGUUGUAGCAACUGAAAGUGAGUUGCCAAAGGAAAGUGAAACGGUUCUAGAAUCUGAACAAGCUGUUGAACCUCCACCUGCACCACCAGUUGAGCCAGCUGCUGUUCCUACACAGCACCAGGAACCUUCUCUCAAAGAACACCAAGCUAGUGCUCAAACUCAGCUAUCUGCAGCUGCUGCCCCUGCAGCAAAGAAAGGUAAGAAAAGGUACAAGUCAACCGUGUCAAAUCCGUACCAGACCCUCGCUGCUGCUCUUCAACCCCCUUCUGAAGAUGAUGAGGCCGAGAAAAAUGAUCAAGUGGCUGACCAAGCACCUCCGGCCCCUGUUAUUAAACUGCCUAGGAAGAAAAUGGUGCCUUCAAAAUCCACUCGCAGGAGUAACAGACUUAAAUAG